ACGUGUUCUACAUUGACGUCAUACAAAAUCAAUUUAUGGAUUCUAUUUAUUGCUCCAGCGGGUUCAAUCAGAUAAUUAUUUUACGCGCGGGGACAAAUUUUCUUGUGCAGCUGUGUCCAGUGAUAAUACUGGCAACACAACACGCCUGAAACUACUUGAUCCUAGAGAAUUUAUACUAACUAUGAUUUAGAAUAUCAUUUAUAAUCCUGAAAUUCGUAACGAUGUAAGUAUUUAAUGUUGUAUGAGAACACUACGGAAACCCUGGGAAAAUGUGAAUUAAUAUUAAUCGCUUAGCGAUAAGUGAACAAGCGUGAAGAUUUAAGAAGAGGUGCCACUUAAUUCGAAAGUAAAUGUGUUUAUAAAAAGUAUAUGUUGUAUUCCAAUACAACGAAAACGCAUAAUUGGGUAAGCAUACUGGGUAACAAUGAAAAAUAUUAGGAUUACAUAUAUAAACACGUCUAUUAUGGCCGUAGUUAUGUUUACAAUUUAGAAAAUAUCCUGAAAUAAUGUUUAACCCAAGGAUCUAGAUCAUUCGAGCUACAAAGAAAUCUUUUUGCGUGUGGGAAGCUGAAAAUUGAAUGCGUUCUAGCGCCUAAUAUGCGUUAGAUCGACACAGUUCCGAAGCUGUAUAAAAGGCGGUCCCAGAUCUUCACAAUUCAGUUCGGAAGCGACCGCCAACGGUACACUUCCAACGAAUUCAUCGCGACAGGAAGAAGUCUCAAAAAAUAUAGUACACAGUUACUAUGAAUUACUGGCGUUUACUACUACUUGCGGUAGUCGCGGUUUUUCAACCGAUUGCAACGUUCACCGAGCGUAACCUCGUUGAUGGAAGGCAAGAGUGUUGUGAGCGUCAACCAAGCACCGCUUUUCGCGAUACGAAGACUUUACUUCAUGGACGCCACUACCCCGAAACUACAUCUGCUCUGCGCCUUCUAAACGACCGUACAGAAAUUCGUGAGCAUCGUCGGUAUGCACUGAGACAGCGUGAAUCUGUUAUCAGUCGCCUUUCCCGAGGAAGAUCCAUACGAGACGGCGAAGAGAGGUCUGCAAGAUACCCUGCGGUAACAGCCAGAUCAUCUCGAGUUGAAAGUCGCUUCGAAAGAUCUGAUAACCAUCUGAAUCGCGGAGGUCUGGAAACUAACGACAAGGACAGAAUUUUUGAUAACGUUCGGGAUUUAAAAUACGAAACUCGAAGGGUAGUCGAUCGUUCACCCAGGGAUGCCGAAGACCGACGUAAUACUCAGGACGAUUCCCUGCGUUAUAUUUCAACCAGAAACAGCGUAAACCGUCUUAGUGAUGAGCGUCCAUCUAAAUCUGAAAUGCGAGAAGGAACUAGGCUGAGAAAGUUGCGGUUUGCGCCGAACAGAGAAACUCGUGAUAUGAUAAGGCAGACAAGGGACAGCGCAACUAUCUAUUUGACUAGUCGUUCUUUUGUUGAACGGGAUAGGUUAAGCGUUGCACGACGUGAAUCAUUAACUCAUCGUAUAACAAGCGCCAAUAUUAAUGAACGCCGAGAAUCGGAGCGUCUGGGUGACCAAAGGCAAAUGAUUUCUGAAAAUACCAGGCUAACCGAAAGGAUCCGACUCGAAUCAAGGGAAGAAGAGAACAAAGAAAACCGUCACCAUGCUACCCAACGAUCUCUUACCAAAAGGUUUGAACGAUCUUCUAAGGCUGAAAACUUUAGGGACUCUGAAUUGACAAGAGAAAAUGCUGACCGGAGAUUCGAAAGAGUUCAGGUUGCCCGCAGGGAUAACAGAGAAGCUAUGACACGAGAUGUUAGUGCCAGGGAUGACAUAAGGAAAAAUACUUUCCGUCGUAUGUCUCAAAGAGCCGAGCGAAGAAAUAACCCUGAAUCAAGGAAUAACAGGAUCCAAGUAGAAAUUCGUGAAGGAGCGAGAGACGAAAGGGUUUCUCGUGAUGCUAGAGUUACAGAACGUCGAAUUUCUCGUGAAACAUUUCAGAUGGAUCGAGUUGCGAAUACGCUAAAUGGCAGGAAUAUCGAUGAACGCCGAGAAACCAGCCGAGCACGGGAUGUCCGGGCUAACGAGAUGGAAAAUACAAACCGUCGCAUGUCUCAAGAGAGAUUUCAGGUGGAACGAAGAAUUACACGUGAGGCAAGCAUUCGAAAUCUAGACGAAAGAAAUUUCGAUGAUCGUCAACAAGUACGAGACGAAAAUAUUUCUCGAGACACUCGGGACAACAAUAGACAAAUGUCACCAGAGAGGCUAGAACGAAAAAAUGGCCGUGAAACAAACGUAAGGAAUAUUUUAAAUGAAAGGAAUGUUGAUGAGCGUCGAGAGGUGAGAGAUGAGAGGAUGACUCGAGGAGCUCGGGAAAACACAGACCGUCGCAUGUCUCGAGAGAGAUCACAGAGCGAGCGGCGUAAUGUACGUGAUACGCGAGUUACGAAUACCGUGAAUGAAAGGAAUUUAGAUGACCGACAAGAAGUAAGAGAUCAAAGGAUUUCUCGAGAUGCUAUGGCCGACAAGACAGAAAACACUGACCGUCGGAUGGGUCGCGAGAGACUUCAGGUCGAACGUCGGAAUACUCGUGAGGCACGAAUUAUAAAUAUCCUCGCCGAAAGAAAUGCAAAUGAUCGUCGAGAGUUCCGAGACGAAAAAAUGUCUCGAGAUGUUAGGGCUGACAGUAUUAAAAAUACUGACCGUCGGAUUGCUCGUGAGAGAUUACAGGUCGAACGCAGAAAUACUCGUGAGGCACGAAUUAUAGAUACCCUUACCGAAAGGAAAGUUGAUGAAAGUCGAGAGGCCAAAGAUGAAAGGAUGUCUCGAGAUAUUAGGGCCGUUAAAAAAGAAUACACUGAACGACGAAUGGCUCGCGAGAGACUUCAAGUCGAACGUAGGAAUAAUCGUGAGGCACGAAUUAUGAAUACUCUUGCUGAGAGAAACGCUGAUGAACGUCAGGAGGCUAGAGACGAAAGGACGGCUCGAGACGUUAGGGCUGACAAUAAGGAAAAUACUGACCGUCGAAUGACCCGCGAAAGGUUACAACUCGAACGUGGAAAUAUUCGUGAGGCACGACUAAGCGCAAAUGUUGAAAAUCGCCGUUUAGAGAGUAGAGAAAACGCUAACCGCCGAAUGGGUCGUGAAAGAUUACAAGUCGAACAUAGAAAUAGUAUUGAAGCACGUGACGAACGUCGUGAAAUAAGAGCUGAAAGGAAAAUCCGAGAAGCUAGGGCUGAAAGCCGAGAACAUACAGACCGUCGAAUAUCCCAUGAAAGAGAACAAGGUGAUCAGAGAACCGACCGCUUAAAAGACAGAAAUGUUGACAGUCCCCGUGAAGACAGGAGGAUGGCUCGAAACGCUAGGAAUGGCGAUGAACGUCGUGAAAUGAGAGCUGAGAGGAUAAUCCGAGAAGCUAGGGCUGACAGUCGGGAAAAUACAGUCCGUCGAGUGUCGCGUGAAAGGGUACAAGUAGAACGAAGGAUUGAUCGGUCCAGAGAUAGCGUUAAUGAAAGGACUAUUGAUGGUCGCCGUGAAGUAAGAGAUAAGAGGAUGAAUCGUGACUCCCGAGAUAAUGCAAGGGUAACUUCAGAGCGACAAGAAAGUCGUGAAGAUAAUCAAAUUGGUCGUGUAUCCAGUGACAAUAGAAACACUCGAAAUGUGCGGUUAUCUCGACAAAUUCGUGAGAUCAAAGAACGGCGAUCAGAAUCACGAUUAAACAGAGUAGUUGCUAUUGAUAGAGCAGACCGAAGAGCCCGUUCAGCCGACCGUCAAAACUACGGAGAAAUUAAGGCAGAAAGCGGCAGAUUUGACCGUCGUGAUCAAAAUGAAAAUCGGGACCGUGAAGAAGUGGGCCGAUCACGAAACGUUAGGACAAUCGCUAACAUUAAUGGCAAAACUGAAAAUGAGGACGCCAUGAGUGGAUCCUGGCAAUACGUCUUAUACUCAUUGCAAGGCGCAUACUUGUGUGCUCUGUUCAUAAAAAUGAUGACUCCAAGCAUUCCCGAAAAGAGCAAAAUGAUGUCCCGCUGGUUACCCGCGACUUCUUACUACAAUCCCAUCAAGGUGGACUAAGCUAUGAAACUAUGUAAUUCUACUAAACAUUUUAAUCAAUACUUAUCUUGUAGAUUUUAUUAGAUUCAAUGUUAUGAUCUCUAUUCUAAUGUAUUAUUCAUAAAGAAAUAAAUAUUGUGUGUUAUAAUACUUUUUUAUUAUUUAUCCCCAAGAUAUCCAACGAAACCCUAACUUUCUACAGCCAAUGUAACUUUGCACACUUACUAAUUGCAGUAGCCUUGGUGAUCAAUUCCAAUAAUUUAUCUUUUUCUCUUGUGCUACUCACAUUAAUGAUUCAGUAAUUAAUA